AUGGAGUUUUUCAAAGCUGUAUGGGAUGUGAUCAAAGCAGAGUUAAUGGCGGUGAUGAAGGAAUUCGAGCAAACUGGUAACAUUGAUUGGAGGCUGAACUGCACAAAUAUUAUUUUCAUACCUAAGUGUGAGGGAUCUACUUCUAUGACUAAUUUCAGGCCUAUUAGCUUGAUAGGGGGUGUAUAUCAAAUAAUAUCAAAAUUGUUGGCAGAUAGGUUGAAGUUAGUAAUUCCUUGUAUAAUUUCAGAGUUUCAGGGAGCAUUUGUGGAUAAUAGGCAGAUAACAUACGAGAUCUUAAUUGCUUCAGAGCUGAUAAAUUCAAGAGAGAGAAGGCAAACCGGGUUUGAUUUUGAAGGUGGACUUAGAAAAAAGCCUUUGAUAGUGUUAGUUGGAGUUGUCUUGAUUACCAUGCUUGUGUUUAUAGUUAUAUUUUUCCAAUGA